GCCGUCGGUCCGUCAGAUCGCGAGCCAUCCCACCGAGAGCGAGAGAGAGAGAGAGAGAGAUGAGCGCGGCGGCGGGCGGGCUGCGGCGGCUGCUGGCGGCGGCGGGCGCGGCGGGCGCGGCGGAGGGGCGGGCGGCCAUCUUCGGCCACGCGGUGAACCCGACGGGGAAGCGCGCGGCGACGAAGCUGCUGCGGAGGAAGCUGGUCGGGGAGCAGGUCGCGCAGUGGUACCCCUACGACAUCAAGCGCGACGACCCGCUCGUCAUGGCCCGGGAGGAGAAGGAGCGCCUGUCCAAGCUGGAAAUGUUGAAGCGUCGUGGCAAGGGUCCGCCAAAGAAGGGCCAGGGAAGGCGUGCGGUCAAGAGAAGCAAAUAAUUGCCUUACUAUUGCCUACUUCUGUUUAUGGCAUUUGCGUUGUUCGAAUGCUGUAUCUUAUUUGAUGAUAUAUGAAUAAACACUCCGUGCUUGUUUGACGAAGUUUCGUUUCCGACUUAUUUGCAAUGGAUUUGCCUUCCUCA